AUGGGAGGCGUUGGGGACAAUUUCCCAUGCGCGUGCGUCGAGUGGCGCCUGUCCCGCGCCCCGCGCCCGAGCCCUGCGCCCCCGCGCCGCGCCCUCAGCCCGGACCCUGUCUCUGGCGCCGCAGCUCUUAAGCCGCGACAAUCGAGAUGUGCCGAUAAGGCUGGCAGUGGCCGCUCGUUACUGCGGGCGCAGCGAGCGCGUGGAGCCCCCGAGCGCCCGGUCGGUGCUGGUGGCGCGGCCGAGCGAGACGGACGCCCUUUGUUGGCUAUUAAUAACAGAGAAACAAGACGAUCUGAGUGGAUUAACACAUUAACAGUCCCGCGUCGCACGAAUAAAAGCAUUCCCGCCGUGUGUCGCCAGGACUACACUGAGAGAGCGGCGCAGGCGCAGCAAUUAGUAGUCAACGAGGCACUUGAUCCAGCGAGCAAUGACCUACAACGCGGACCUAAGCCCCGCGACACACUGCACUGUCACACCGACACACACAACCUGACCGAGUCGGCGGCGAUGACAUGCGAGCUCAAAUGGUUUGAUAAUAACUGCACGUGCGCAGCGUCUAUUCAAUGGGCUGGUUCAUACGAUGGUGAUCUUACAGGACGACUGGUAGGUAGCAGUGCAUAUUGCUGUCACCCGAGGAAUGUGUGCGUGUGUCAGGUGUGUGACAUAGCGCCGGCGCCGCGGCCGCGCCCGCCUGUGACACACGGGAUUGAUAUUGCUCUUAAAUUAGGAGCCGGGACGGUGCGCCGAUGGGACACGCAGAUAACGCUAAUGUACUUGUACUACAAAUGUGUCGGCUCUCACACCCGCCCGACCUCAGCGCUGUCUCUGCGACUAGCACUGUCACAGCGCAGUGUCUGCACCAUUGUCCACUGCGUAAAUAUAACAGCGUCUGGCAAUAUUGUAACACAACAUUAA